AUGACAGAUAGAAAUGGUGCAAAUGGCGCGAUUGCUAUUACUGACUAUUGGAAGUCGACCAUUUUUUCUUGCGAGACUGCAUUGAGCCUGCUUUCACAAUUUGAACAUAAAGGCUAUUACCUGGUGGACGAUGUCAUGCGCCCGCUACGACAACUUGUUGGCCGUGGUAGAAAUUAUGAAGCCAUGAAAGCUUAUAAACCACCGCAAGCAUCGAUGACAUCCGACGCGUCACCGCGAUCCGACAAUAUAAUUGGUAUUAGUAGUAGCAGUAGCAACAAUGCUACUACAAAUGGUGUCGUCCAGCAACAACUACACCAACAACCACAACAAUUUAUGCGCCCACCUGGAAAGACAAUCACAUAUCGUAAAACUGUCCAGUUGAACUUUAAUCCACGCACAAACUGGGACAUUGAGGACAAGCAUACCAUCCACGUACGUUGUGGUUCCGACAACAACGCAACUGUCACUUGCAAGGCCAUUACUACGGUGGAGCAAUUAGACAAAGCCAUGCCUACUAUCCGUGGAGCCUCGUGUUUGGCGCUUGACUGCGAGUUUCUGGGCAUGAAAAAGGCGUUACCAGAACUCCAAGUCUUGCAAAUUGCCGUAUCAACUACACUAGGCUAUGCUAUCAUGGUAAACCACAUUGGAGGGGAAGCAACAUACCAACGUCUUGGCCCCAUCUUGGAAGAAGCUGAAGAAGGCAAAUCAGAUCGCGUUUUGAUGGGCUGGGCAUUCCGAGCCGAUGCACAAGCCAUCGAAGCUGCAUUCAAGAGAAUCAAGCUUGCCCAUGUUCUCGACUUGCAGGCCAAGAUGAAAGCCGCUGCGGUUGAACAACUCAGUCUGAGCAACGCCAUGGCCCGCUAUUGUCCCGAUUGGUUUGCCUCUGAGGAAUUCUCCAAAGCCAAACAGUUGGGUGACACGUUCCAAUUCUUGGGUCCGGAUUGUGUCUGGCUCAACAACCCUUUGCCUCCCGAGGCUUUGGUUUACGCCGUCUUUGAUGUCGUGAGUUUAGUCGAAUUGCAUGAAAAGACGAAAGGAUGGCCAAGUGGGCGCGACCAUUACUGGCCCCAUACGGUGAUUUUGACGUCCGGACGCAAGGCAUUGGAAAAAUGGUAUCGUCAACGUUUCAUGGCGCAACAGGAAGAUCCCAAUCCGGACGGUGAUCAUAUUUCGCUGGUCGAAACACCUGCUACCGUUCCCCCCGCUGCUCAACGUUCUCCACAACAGCAGUCAAGAAAAAAGGCUGGCAAGGCGAGAAUGUCUUCUUUACAUAAUCAACAACAACCAACAGAAAACAAGACACAUCUCGAUUGGGACGACGAGAAUCCGCAAUAUGCUGCGGAUAUGGAAGAAGCGAUCCGACGAUCCAUGAAGGAGCUUGUACACGAACAGCAAAGACCAACCGAGGAGCGUGUGAUUGGUACGUUGGAUGAAGCCAGCGGUUCACACAGUUCUUUCCAUAGCGAAACCAUCGACUAUGACAACAUGCCAGUCGAACACAGUGCGGGUGCCAGUAGUGCUGCUCAAAUCAAUGAUCAACAAAGCUACUUUACUGAAGAAGUAGAUGAGGAUCCAGUAUUUGAGGCUCCAAGCGACGAACUGCACUUUGCUGCUGAUAUCUAUGACGAUACCCCCAGGAAGACGGACAUUGGACAGCUGGGUGGAUGGGGCGCAGAUGAUGUAGAAGAAACCGAUUGGACGAGCGGCAAGCAACAACAGUCGCAGAAACAACAACAACAACCGCAACCGCAAUCGAGUCGCACAUACCAGAAUGCCAUCAGUCAAGCAUACAGCAAGCAUGCACAGGGCGAAUUUGAUUGGAGUAUGCGACCGGAGGAUGUGUCAUGGAAUCAGCUGGCCAAGAGCUCACUGAGUGGAUGGGAUAAGAACCAAGAUACUGUGGCGGAUUGGGAAGAAAUUGAGCGUCGAAAUGCGGAGCGUCAAGAAACAACAAGUACAUCUUCACCGCAAGAACAACAACAACAGAAGACAGCACGGUUCCAUACGGUAUCACAUCAUCAGCUUGGCAGCUGGGCGCGUGAAGAUGCUGAGGAUGGCUGGGAUAAGCAAGAAGAACAACCCCAAUCUAUGUCGAUGCCUAUGCACAACUUUCCCAAGAUCAAGCUCAAGAACAAACAGCGUGGUCCACGCGUGGUGAACCCUGAUAUAAGUGGCUGUUCUGACGAAAGCGACAGUGACUAUUCGGGUGAUUCAUCCUCUGAAUCCUCUGCUGACAGUAACCCCAACGCCAGCAAUUACAACAAUGCCCCAGGUGUCCAAGUCGAAGAUACAUAUCAGGACGACUUGUUCUUGGAAGACAACGACUGUGUCCACGUGCAUCUCAUCAGUCAAGUUGCUCAACUGAGCGCUUUGGAUAUUGAUAUCGACAAGAUUGUGCAAGACAAGCAAGGACCCGUAAUGGCCUUUAUCACUCCCUUGUUACGCCAAGUCAUCCGCCGGGACGAUUCCCUCGAGGUCAUUAUGAAGGGCAUUCAAAUCUAUAUCUUGGAUACCAAGGAAUCGUACACUAUCCUCACCGACCGGGUGUUGAAUCGCCACAACGAAAUUUCUCAGUCUGUGCUUGGCCGUAUCUUGACCGCAGAAGAUCCAGGUGUUGUGACGCGCGUGGUAUGGGGCAUGCCCGUGGUCCAUGAACAGUUCCAGCAACGUCUCGGAUUCACAUUGGGAUCGGUGAUAGACCUUGCUUGGGCGUAUAGCGACGUUCACGGUGGUGCGGAUGCACAAGUCACAUUCGGCAAAGCAUUGGAUAUCGGGUUGCGAAACUCAAAGAAUCGCGACAUAUAUAACGAACUGACCCAGAAAUACUAUGCGAAAAAGAAGUUCUCGGCGUCACCGUGGGAUCAGGAAAGGCUGCAGAGCGAUGUCUUGUUCUAUAGUGCGAUCCAGGGCUUCUUGCUUCGGGAUCUGUAUCACCACAUGUUGACAACCAUGGCGACGUCGGCCGAUUUGCAACAGUAUGUUUGGCCACCGCCAUUGCAUAAACAGAUUGACCACUCGAUACAACCUUAA